AUGGAGAAACUUCUACGUCCGGAUCGCUUCGAGGGAUCACAAGACACGACGCCGGCUGAAUGGGAGCAUUGGUAUUGCACAUUUAAGAACUUCUUGGACAGCUUGAGCGGAGAUCCUGCUCCUGACAAGCUGAAACUACUCGUCAAUCACGUCUCUCCUUCAGUCUACAACCACAUCUCCGACUGCCAGAGCUACACCGACGCCGUAGAAGUAUUGAAAGCCAUUUAUGUGAAGCCUACAAACGUGAUCUUCGCCAGACAUCAAUUAGCGACCAGGAAGCAAGUGAGUGGCGAGUCAAUUGAUCAGUUUCUUCGCUCUCUGAAGUUGUUGUCGAAAGACUGCAGAUUUAAAGCUGUCACCUCUGAUACGUAUACUCAAGAAUCCAUCCGCGAUGCGUUCAUAACUGGCCUGCAGUCACCGAUGAUACGUCAAAGACUGCUGGAGAAAGACAGUCUUACUCUGGACGAAUCUGUGCAACUCGCAAGAAGUCUAGAUUCAGCCCAACGGAAUGCAGAGACUUAUGUGACCCCUACUUCGCUUGGCAACCUUUCAUCUGCUUCUUCGAUCUCUGCUCCUCCUAAACGUAGCGACAUGGAUCCUCAGGCGGAAAGGGCUGAAGAAACCAGUGCAGCUGCUAGCAAGAGUAUGUGCUACUUCUGUGGAAACCCUCGCCACCCUCGCCAGCGGUGCCCCGCUAGGAACGUCGACUGCUUCAAGUGUGGAAAGAAGGGUCACUUCGGCAAAGCUUGUAAAGCACCCAAGACUACCUACUCAAGAAAUGAGGUUGCUGCCAGUACCAUCUGCGCUUCCGGGUUGCCUGACCCUCCACAUCGCACCACAAUGAACGUAAGAGUCAACGGUGUUAGUUUGACUGCUCUUGUGGAUAGUGGGAGUACGUCUAGUUUCUUGCAUCCUUGUGUCACUAAAUUAUUGGAGGUUCCUGUAAAGUCUUCCAAAGAACAAAUAGUUUUAGCCUCAUCUGAUAUUGCUACAACUCUAGGGCAUUGUGUCGUUGAUUUGGAGGUCCGAAAUUUCAGUUACCCUCACUUUAAAUUCUCUGUACUUCCCCAGUUAUGUGCUAAGAUCAAGAACGACAAAAUUAUGCGUUGGAGACUAGAACUCUCAGAGUACUGCUUUGACAUUCACUACCGCCCUGGUCUUGAUAACAUCCCUUGUGACACUCUGUCUCGAUCUUGCGUCACUGCUUCAGCCUCUUCACCUGCCUCACUUGAAGAUAUUCAUGUUUCACUUUGUCACCCUGGAAUUACGAGACUCUAUCACUUUGUCAGAACUAAGAAUUUGCCUUUCUCCUUGGAAGAUGUGAAGAGAUGGGAACUAGUAUUAGAUCAUGCCCUCCAUUCCAUCAGAUCUCUUCUUUGCACUACAACUAAUCAGACACCCCAUGAGAGAUUGUUCUCCUUUCAUAGGAAAUCGUCCAAUGGCUAUUCUCUCCCCUCUUGGCUGACAUCCCCCGGCCCAGUACUUUUACGAAAAUUUGUUCGGAACUCGAAAUCUGAUCCUCUUGUAGAAGAUGUUGACCUCGUGAGUGCCACUCCCCAUUAUGCAAAGGUUCGUUUUCCUGACGGUAGGGAAUCAACGGUCUCGACUGGGGAUCUGGCACCUACACCUAGAGGACAGCCUGCUAAGACGCGUCUACCUUCAUCUGCCGAAGAGAAAUCCCAGAAUCCCUCCUCUCUGGACGCUGAUGAUGUGAACCAGAGCGAAUCCUCCGGCAUUUCAAACCAAGAAGCUGAGACUCCUGCUGAUGCUAUGGACACCGAGUCACUGAGGGAACCUGAACCACUUCGUCGAUCUACUAGACUCAGAAAACCUGUAGAUAGGUUAACAUAUACAUAG